AUGUUUGUAUGUUCAGCAAUUGUACGAACUAAUGGAUCAUCAUUUAUUGACGAUCAUUCUCGAACAUCGACUACAGCAUAUCUUAGACGUAGUCAAACAUCAGUUAUAAAAUGUAUUGAACAACGAUUUGCACAAUUUCAAGGUAAUAUUAAUCCAUUACGUCUUGAACUUUUACAAGUUGUUAAAUAUGAGCAUAAUCAAGAGUUGAAACCUCAUAUUGAUUGGUUUUAUCAUGCAAAUCAAAUGAUAAAUGAAUUUAUUAAUAUUAAGUUUAAUUUCUCAUUACAUUCACGUUUUUGUAAUAUUUUACUAUGUGAUGAUAUAGCACCAUAUCGAGGUAUUCGAUUUCGACCAAUACCAGGAAAUAGUAUCUUUUGGUCUAAUCAAUGA